UUCGUUUUCAAGGUCAGCCCCUGAAAGACCAGUAAACUUGCUUAAGCUUCUUCGUGACUCUACUUUUUGUUCAACCAAUUCUUAUCUAGAAAAUGAAAUCAAUUUGCAUUCCACUAAAUGAUGUCCAACUAUGCAUCUUAUUGCUUUUCGUACAGCAUGAUACUAUAAUACAAAAAAUUGUGUCUACUGAUUAUUACUAGCUUAAGUAUAUAUAUAUAUAUAUAUUCGCUUAGAGGUCGAGUAUUCUUGUCAAUUCCGAGAAUAAGAUUACGAUACCAAAAUUUAAUACUUCCUGGAUUUUUGCUUCGCCUUUGUGUAAAAUUUUAUAGAUUACGCAAUCUUCAUUUUUAGGUAUAAGAUAUGUGCAUCCAGUUUGAUUAUUUUUCAUACUGAAACAGAAAACAGUUCAAAACGGUUUAAUAUAUCGAAAAAGCUCAUGAAUUUUUGUCACUUGACCUUUCCAUCUAUUCUAUUCAACUUUUAUGAAAGCAACAAAGAUUCGACAGGCAUUUUGCCAUGGCUUGUGGUCACCUACUAAGUCUGAAUUUCUUUUUUCUCUCAACUGUCUUUCUCUGAGUGAGCAGCAAGUAGCUUUGCGUUUCGCCUACCAACGAGAUGUACUCAGUUCCAUAGUUGGAAAGUUACUUAUCCGUGGAACGGCUGUACGAUACCUUAAAAUUUCUCCACAUGAUGUUAAACUGGAUCGUUCCUUGGAGGGGAGACCAUAUUUGUUGGAUCAUUCUGACGUGUUGGACUUCAAUAUUUCACAUGGUGGUGACUUCACCAUAAUUGCCGCAACUUCUGGAGGCCGAUGUGGGGCUGACGUCAUGCCCAUAGAACUUCCACCGUUUCAAAGGUCCGUAAAUGAAUUCGUUUUAAAGAUGAAGAACACACUUUCUUCUGCAGAACUGGACCGUAUUUUAUCUCCUGGAUCCGAAGCUGAAAAAAUAAGAAGAUUUUAUGAACACUGGUGUUUUAAGGAAGCUUAUGUUAAAGCUUUAGGAUGUGGAAUUCGUAUCCCCUUAAAAACAAUAGAAUGCAACUUCUCUGAUGAUGGUGGCAAUGAACUCUCAAUUGGUAAUGGGCUCAAAAAUCAGUCACAUCAAAAUUGGACAUUUGAGAAACAUAGUUUACCUGAAAAUCACUUGGCAGUAGUUGCUUGGUUAGAAAAUAAUUAUGUGGAUACCAAGUCCAUUACUUCAUUUUCCCAACUGACAUUUGAACAGUUAGUAGAUAAGUUAGCAAUCCUAUCUCCUGUGAAUAAUACUGCUUGGGAUCAAUUUUUAAAGAAGCCUCAUUCACCACCAUCAUCUCGUCAACGACUCCAAGUUAAUUAAUUUAUAUUUAAUUAAUUUUUCACAUUUAGUCUUUAAAAAUAUAUGUCGAUCGUUGAUGUUGAGUUAUAAAGUAUUUUAUUUAAGAAAAAAUUUUGUAAAAUUAUGAAAUAAAAAUUUUACUGCUCCACUUUAUUUUAAGUUUCAUAAGCCAUUAAGGAAAAUUAAUUCGAAGAUCAACUUUAGGUAAAUCAUUGGACCAUAUUAAAAAAUCGUCACUGUAAUCAGGUUUGAU